AUGGAGCACAUGGAACUGCUCGUACGCUUCAAAUUCGAGGAGCAUGCUCCAGAGCUCAAUGUCGAGAUGCAUGAGUUCUCCUCGAAUCUUCUGUUCAAGUGUGCCCUGGAAGCCCCCUACCUGAUGCACCAGAUCCUCGCCGUCUCAGCUCGGCGCCUGGCAGUUCUUGAACCACACAGGGCGGAUUAUUUUCACCAACAUGCCAUUCAACUGCAAACCAAGGCUGUCUCCAUCUACAACGGGACAGCCGCGAAAGCUCAGAUUGACCAGACGAACUGUUCAGCCCUCCUGCUCUUCUGCUCGCUUCUUGGUCGCCAUCUGUUCGCCGACCUGCUAGCCAGGCGUGACGCCGAUUUUGAUAUCUUCCUGACCCACUUUCUCGAGUUUCUGUCUAUUUCUCGCGGCCUCAAAGCCAUGUCGGUCUCCGCCUGGGACCUUUUGUUGCAGUCGGACAUCAGACACCUGGUAGUAUGGGCCUUAGAUAUCUCUCAAUCGACCCCCGAGGGCACCCACUGCAGCGAGCUGCAGCGUCUGGUUAAGGAGACAACCACCCUGAACCCCCUCUCCAAAGAGGCCUGUAUGAGGGCAAUUGCCUUCCUGCAGGUUGGGUUCGAUAGCUUGCUCGGGGCCGACGAGCGAAACCAAAAGUAUUUGAUGGUCUUUAUGUGGCCUGCUGCUGUGCCCCAUGAGUUUACAGAGCUGCUGGCUCAGAAGCGCCCCGAAGCGAUUGCCAUUAUGGGAUAUUGGGCAUUGCUGCUUGACUGCAGCAAGGCCUUGUGGCACAUCGCCGAUUCGGGGUCGUACUUGCUCAGGAGCAUUUCCCAAUACCUUGGGCCACGUUGGGCGCACUGGCUCUCCUGGCCCCUUUCCAUGCUCGAUGCCAAGGAGCCUGUAUAA